AUGUUGAAGCGUGGCUGUGCCGUUGUCACCGUAGGAUUUCCAGCUACGUCCAUAACAGAAUCUCGUGUGCGCUUCUGUUUGUCUGCCGCACAUACUCGCGAAAUGUUAGAUCAUGCAUUAAGAGCCAUGGAUGAGGUUGGCCAUUUGGUAUCAUUGCGUUAUUCAGUUCGAAAUCCUCAUCGGCGUCUUGCAGAAUUAAAUCCACAAGACUAUGAAUAA